AUGGCGAGCACGGCUGGUCUUCCUGAGCGACCACUGGCAAGUGAAUCUACCUAUAGACCCGAGACGGAACCGCUGCUUGGGAUACCGGGAAAUGGGGUCUUCUUGGAGAGAGCGAACAUCGUGAGAAAGACAGUGCCUUUUAUUGGAACGUUGACCGGUAUCAUCGCCGAAAUAGGUGUUCUUGUACUCUGUUGCGAGAUCUGGGCACGCAUCGCCUCCAUUCCCGUCGUCUUCUUCUCCGGCCACCCAAUCGCCAUGUCAACCGCCAUCUUCAUCCUCACCCAGUCUAUCCUCUUCCAGCAGCCCAUCACGUCUGAAAACCUUGACAAGAAACGCCGAGGCCAAUAUGUUCACGCAGCACUCAACCUUGUUGCGUUUAUAGCCAUCGUCACCGGCUUCACCAUAGUCGAAGUGAGCAAAGUUCAAGAAAAUCGGUCACAUUUCCCCCCCUCUCCGCAUGCAGCGUUUGGAGCAUCAACUUUACUCUUGCUUAUCGUGCAGUACAUCAUCGGCUUCACCAUGUGGAUGACUCCUUCGCUGUACGGGGGUGAGGCGCGAGCGAAAUCGCUUUACAAGUAUCAUCGUUUUAGCGGGUAUUUUAUCCUCUUGAUGCUUUUGAUGACGGCAGUGACUGCUGCAUUAACUGGAUAUAAUAAAUAUGUGCUUGGAGUUAGGGACUGGGUUGCUAGUUUGGGGUCUUUUCUCGUUGUCAUCGGCGUGUUUUCGAGGGUUCAGAAGCAGAAACUAGGCUUUGGGGUGAGCCAACAGCCUCAACUAUAG